AUGCCCAACGAUCCGCUCUCAUCGAUCUUCUCGAUUGCGGUCCUGGACGAAGAAGACGAGGACUCGCUCACCUUCUCAAACCUGAUGCUCGUGUGCCUGUGUUGGGGAGAGGUGGCGAUUAACUCUCCGAUGCUCUGGACGCGCAUUGCAAUGGAGCGUGUCGCACGUGCAAAUGGCGACAGGAACGGGUUCGCGUACACGCACACCGACCUGAGCACGGUGGAGACACUGGAAAUACUUAGUGGCGGAUCGCAGCUUAUGCGGCUGGAGAACGAAUGCCUCGUAGAGAGGCUCGAUAUCGCCUGCUUGGGAUUCACAAUCGCGCUCACACUUGUACUCCCGCUGCUCGUGCUCCUGCUCCUGCCCCCCCUCCCUGAGCCCUCUGUUGGAGGUGUCGAGAUCUUCUGA